AUGAUCAUGUAUUCCUUUAAUAUUACUUUUAAUUCACCACAAUAUAAUGCAUUGGUUUCAAUAUCGAAUGGAGCUAGUCCUGAGAAUAAAUGGGAUCAAUAUAGUAUACAAACUUGUAAUUUAACUGGGGUAGUAUGUAAAUCAGAUUCCCAGGGUGAUUAUGUUUAUAGCCUUAUUUUAGAUCAAACUUAUAAAGGAACCUUUUCUGGUGAUAUAAGGGGUUUAUCAAGGUUAGAAAUUUUAUCUUUGAUAGGAAAAAAUAUCGGAAUAGGUACAGUUUGUCCAAUAGUUCCUGAUUCUGUUAAAAAAAUAUCUUUCAUUUCUACUUCAUUUAUUGGUACCAUUAGCUAUUCUUUUACUACAAAGAGUUUAGAAGAUUUAGUUAUAGUUGAUACCAACUUUACUUCAUUUUCAAAUGUUAAUUUUUAUAAUUCUUUGAACCUUCAAACAAUAUUUGUAACGAAAAACUAUCAGCUUACAGAUUAUAUUCCAUUCUUACCUGUUAAAAUUUUAACAAAAUUGAGAUCAAUAAACUUUCAAUAUAAUAGUCUAAGUUCGAUUUAUCCCACUAAUUUAAUGGAUAUUCUUUACAAUAAUAAUGGAACACCACGAUGUCAUUUAGAUAUAACUGGAAACAAUGAUAAAAGUACUCCUUCACAAGAUGUUAUUUGUCAAAGUUAUUUCUUUAACUUCCAGUCAAGUGUCAAUAAUAUCCUAUGUGAAUAUAAGUAUGAAAUUACUAGACCAUCCAACUUUACAAGUUCAUUAUCAACAUUCUGUAUCAAUCAGAGAUAUCAAUCAAAUAUUGAUAUUAUGAGAUUGGACACUGGUGAAAUUCUAAAAUGUUAUCCAAAAUACGAUACUAUAACUAACCAAAACAUUGGAACUUGUUGUUCGACAAACUUUAAGCAAACUUUAAUGGGAAAUACUAAAUUUAUAGUAAAUCCAUGGGGAAUCAUAUUUAAUCUUACUUUGGACAGACCUUAUGUAUAUAAUUCAUCGAAAAUCAACUCUGUCGAAGGUGGAAAUAUAUCUAUAUCUGGAUAUAAUCUCCCUCAAAAUGCCUCUAUAGUCACAAUUAUGGUGAAUAACCAAAAUAGAAAAAUUGUGGACUAUAAAUAUAAUGAAGAUGGCACAGGUAAACUAUUGGCUUACAUUCCACCUGCUCAAGUGACAACUCCAAUUGGAACUAUUGUUAUAAAUAUUUCCGAUAAUAAUUAUGCAAUUGCUGGAAUACCUUCUUCUUUUAUUAUUUAUAAUGAUAUUCAAUUAAAAUGUCCAGGCACUCCAGAGUGUAGUGGAAAUGGUAAAUGUGUGGAUGGAUAUUGUGUGUGCAAUGGAUAUACUGAAGCUGAUUGUAGUGUUGAAAUUGUAAACAAUACCUCUAUUGACAAAGGAGAAAACUCUCCAGAUAUCAAUUUUAAACUCGACUUUUCAGACUACAAUGUAUCGAUCACAAUGGUUGAAGUUCAGGAAUUGACAGAUGCUAUGGAAGUAGUUCAGAACAUUAGUUUAUCAACUGUUUGGGAUACGGUUUAUGAAACCAACAACUCGAAAGUAUAUUCCGGUCACUAUUACUUCACAAUAUUUAGAGCGUUGGUAGAAUCAUUUAACAUUGCUACCAACUACUCAUUUGGAACAGAGACUCUCCUAAUGGAACCAAAUACUGUGAAAUUUACAUUUAUCAUUUCCGAUUGGCCGUGGAUGAGUCAAUUGAAUUCUCUGAGAGUGAUUUAUUCCACUGGAUUCGUGCAGUCGAAUAACUCGACAAGUAACAAUAACUGUAAUUCUGGUUCAUCUCCAUCGAGCAACUCAACAUCCUCGCUAAACAAUAUUCUCAAUCCAGGCUCGCUGAAAUCCACUACGAUACGCUCACCCAACAGCGGCGUGGUGAUGAAUGCCCGAUUCGCAGCAACCGCUAUACUCGACGGUCGAAUCAUCAACAUUGAGAAUUCAAUAAUAUCAGCCAACAAUAGCAUUGCAACAUUCGGCAUCACCAUUCCCUACUUCCAAGACCAGGUAACCAUAGAUCCCGAUUUCUCAGUGAUCCUAACCAAUAGUAUUCCAGGCUGUGUUUCAACCAGUGACUUUAACAAAAGAGUAAUCAUCAUUGUAACGUCGGUCGUAUUUGGUGUUGCAUUCAUGGUAACCGUUGGAAUCUACAUCUAUCACCGACACAAACAAAGAAUGAUGAAAAUCAGAAUCAACAAUAUUUCCGAUAAAAUAUUUAACGACUAUAAUAAUAACCAUAUAAACAAAUAG